GUCGAGACUGCACUCGGAUCUCGGCUGAUGAUCGUUACGGUACGCGCGCGUGUGUGUGUGAUUGUGCUAUUUCCGUUUUUUUCGUGUGCGUGUCCGUAUUAUCUAUUCGAUAUCAUUAUUGUAAUAUUGUCGGUCCGCCGCCGCCGACCACGCCGUAUUCGAUAAUAAUAAUAUAAUAUAAUAUAAUAUUAAUAAAUAAUAAUAUUGUAUUGUAAUUAUUUAUAUUUCAAUUAUAAUAUAUAAUAAUAAUAUUAUUAUAAUUAUAAAUCCCGACGCCGUGUCCCGCGCCGCGUUUCCGGCGCGUCCCAAAGGAUCCGACGGAUUUUUUACACGAUUCUCUGGCAGGUGUAUUACUGUUUUUGAAUUUAAUAUUAAUUUUUUUUCAGUUUUGCGCUCAGUGGUUUAUUUUUGUUGUAUAAUAAUAUUUUGUGUCGUCCGCGAACGAGUGCGCCGCCUCUUUACGUGCCUACAACUACGAUAAUACUAUAGUGAUCAAGUGCGGUGUACAAUUAUUAUGUGAUACUAUUUAUUUUCUAUUAUUCUCGGGACAGUGUUUUGAAAUGUUAUGAUCAGUGAUUUUACCAUCUGCAGAACGUUUUCUUCGCCCUGUAUGGACUGAACCUUUUUUUAUACACAUCGCCUUUGGAAUAAUCGGUAUCGUCACUGCGAUAUACAAUAUUAUAACAGCAGCGGUGCAGCGGACACGUCCAUCCCGCCCGCAGCAGCCACAGGUGUGAUCGUGUGUAUGGCCGUCGCACGGUCAGCGGCGUUCAGCCGUUCGGGUCCGGUACGCGUCCGCCCGCAGCACCAUCGCCGCGGUGGUGUCGUCCGGUAUGCCUGAUAAAGAGACGACCAGCAUGCUGUACCCGAAUCCGUUCGACUACUCCGUCGGGCUGUCCCUGCAGUUCCCGCUGUCGGCCGCCGCGGCCCCGCCGCCGCCGCCGGACGCCAGGGGAUCGUGCAUAUGGAACCCGAGCCUCAUACCGCCCGCCACGUCCAGCCCGUCAACGUCCGGCAUGGGCGCGUUCCACCAGCCGAUACCGCACAGCUUGGUCGGCAGUUGCGGUGUCGGAGGAUCAGGUGACUUAGUUCGGAGGGGGGGCGGGUGGCGUCCUGCCGCCACACCAUCCGCACCCCCAUCCCGCCGAUUUCCCCCAUCCACUUCGUUUCAACUGUAUGGAUAUCUGUUCGUCGUUCGCAACAGUCGGUUCCCUGAGUUCUGGUCUGUGUAGCCCGUUGGCACAAAGCUUCUCGCGUCAGGGCAAGAAACGGGCGCUGUCCGUGUCGCCAUCCCCGGACCUGGAGCUCCAUGGCCGGAUUCGGUCAUCGCCGAGCGCGCUUUACUCGGCCGCCGCAGCGUACGGCGCUUCGUGCUCCAGGAGUUCGAGCACUUCCGGUUCGUACGGGCACCUGAACCCGCUGGCGUUUACCAUGCAACACCACCCGUCCGUCAUAUCGCCGCAAGUCCAACAGUUAUUGCGAUCCGCCAGUGGCUUGCACUUGCCGUGGCACAACGCCGCCGCCAUGCCGUCCUCCGCCCACCAUCCUUCGUACAACCUACACAUGUUACCGGUACCCUCGCAGGACUGCAGUUCACAGAUGUUGGCCAACGACAUGUGCAAGAUCAAACAAGAACGGUCCAAAUCGAAAUCGACAUCGGCUUCGAAGAAGGCUUCUCAAAAGAUCGUCGAAGACUCGAAACAAAAUUCACCGGAAUCCAUCAGUGACCUCAAAGGGGAACCAGAUUUCAUCGAGACAAACUGUCACUGGAAGAACUGUAAUUUAGAAUACCAGACUCAGGCAGUAUUAGUGCAGCACAUCGUUAAUGAUCAUAUUCAGGCGAACAAAAAGUCAUUUGUAUGCCAGUGGCAGGAUUGUUCUAGAGCCGAGAAGCCAUUCAAAGCCCAAUACAUGCUUGUGGUACAUAUGCGAAGGCACACUGGAGAGAAACCUCACAAAUGCACGUUUGAAAAUUGCACCAAAGCUUAUUCGAGGUUGGAAAACCUAAAAACUCAUCUCAGAUCUCAUACCGGCGAAAAGCCCUAUACUUGUGAACAUCCUGGUUGCAGUAAGGCCUUUAGCAAUGCUUCCGAUAGAGCGAAACAUCAAAACCGCACUCAUUCCAGCGAGAAACCGUACAUAUGUAAAGCUCCUGGUUGUACAAAACGUUACACCGAUCCAAGUUCCUUGCGCAAACACGUCAAGACGGUUCACGGGGCUGAUUUCUAUGCGCAUAAACGGCAUAAGGGCAAUGGAAACGGUGACAACAGCCGCGGUGGUGGAAGUGGCGGUGGAGGUGGCGGCAACGGACCGGGUGCCGACGACGCGUCACCGUAUCGGAGCGAUGAGAUGCCCAUGAGUGCCAAAACCGUUAGCGUGUCUAGUCCGAGUAUAAAAUCUGAAGAAACAAAUUCCCCUGGCCAACAACCCAGUCCUAUGAGCGUUCCGUACAGUAAUAGAAUGUUUCACGAUGAGCCUAUUAGCGACAGCAACCAUAGUGCAGACGCUCUGGAUGAUAAUUGGGCCGAAGAUGGACAUGAAGCCGACUUAUUCGACUUUAUUCCGAUGCAUUCUGAAAUCGGAAUGGUUACUUCCGCGCCUAUGAUUCAAAGGAUGCGACGGUUUGUGCCACACGCUGGAUUGAAACACGCCGCAGCCAGUGAGUUAUCGCCAAUGCCCGAUUUGAGUCCAGGACACGGAAGUACUUCUGGUAUGCAAGAAUUAAAUAAACAAUUGACUGACAUGAAAAUGGUGUCUAAUCAAGACACCAUACGGAGAGAAAGCACAUAUAGUAACUACUAUAGUAUGAAGUCUGACCUAAGUCGCAGGAACAGUCAAGUGCCUUCUGAGCAUCAUAGGUUAAGCAACGCCUCAUCCCUAUACGAUCCGAUUUCUGUGGAUUAUUCCCCUAGUCAAGCAAACACAGCAAUGGGUCCUGAUAUCGAUGCGUUUACCGAUAACGAAGAAUGCAGACAGUUGCCAGAAAGUGCCAAAAUGUCGAGACCUCAAACUCGCCAAGCUGGAGCUGUACAUCAUCCCAACUCGAACAUCAACCUUGACGAAGUCGGUGAGGGUGAAUCGCUGGAGAGCAAAAUGGUCCUACCCGACGAUUUUGACGACGUAAUCAAGGAUAUGAUAAGCGAAAAAAUCGACGACUACGAUCUCGGCGCGUUUGACGCGGAAAAGACCAUUAACGAACUGACCGAAUCCGCCCUGGAGCACAUUCCCACGCUGACUCCACCCAUCGUCGUCCAGGACACGUCCAACGGUGCCAGCAACGGUCAACCGUUGACCAAUACCGUGGCUCCCGUCAUUCCAUCACCCAUUCCGAACGACCGGCCAAGCAAGGCGCCGCCGGCAAACAGCUACCGGAACAUGCGCAGCAACAGUUUACCGGUCAACUGGCAGGGACAGGAACAGAGCCACGGACACGUCUUGCCCGGUUCGGUGUACAACCCUCAGUUCCAGAACCAAAGACCGUACCAAGCGAACCACCCGGCGAUGUUGUUCGGCACCACCACUACCAACAACACCAACAAUAACAACAACAAUAACUUUAACGUCGGGCCAAAUAUGCAGCAGAGGCAAAAUGGUGGACGGUACUCGUAUUCGUCCAACCAGGACUUUGUUAAUUACAACCACAAUUACGCCAACUUUAGGCACAACAUCGGUCAGCAGUACCAUCAAGUGAAGAACAACAACAACAAUCAACACUAUCAGCUGAACAACAACAACAAUAACAACAACAUCAACAAUAACAGCAAUAGCAACAGCGCUCACAACAACAACAACAACAAUAACGGUCUACAGUUCCACGGGCAAGGAAACGAAAACGGGUACUAUGACGACAACAACGCCACCCCAAAUGCGUACCAGAGGUGCCAGAGGACCGCCGCUGGCAACGGAGGACAACAAGCUGCGGCUGUGGGACAAGCGGCUACCGCGCAUGGCAUACAGUCGUACAAUCACAGCUACUACAAUGGCGGCUGUAACAAUCUGCAGUGCGGUCAACAGCAGUGCGGCCAACAGCACAACAACAAUUACUACAACAGUGGCUAUCAUCAGAACAACGGCGGAAAAUUCAAUGGCUGCUAUUCGAGGCCAAACCACCACCAACAGCUCAACCAGCAGGCUCAUCAGCAACAGCAGCAACAACAACAGCAGCAGCAGCAGCAGUAUUACACGGAUCUGGACCGGAAACAGGACACCGGGACGACGGCGGCCGCGAGUCCGAUGGAAGAGGAAUCCUCUAACUUCCGGCCCGCACCAGAGCUCCAAGAGUUUGACAGCAGCAACAACAUGGUGCUCAAGGACAUGUCCACGUCAUUGAGUUCACUCUACGACGAGAACACCUUUUUCCAAAUGUCCACCGUGUUUUCUGAAUCAUAACCACAUCAUUCGCCACCUUACGUAUUUAUUGUAUAAAAAUUAAAACUAUAGUUACCACUCAGUUUUAGCGUGUUUUGUAAGUGCCCUCUUCCCCCCCCCCCCUCCAAUGAAGUGUUGAUCAUUUGUAUUUGUAUUUUUAUUUAUGUUUUCUUUGCUGUAAAACUGGUCAUUAAUGAUAACUUUUUAUUAGAUUUAAGAUGAAUGCAUUUCUGAACUAAUGCAUUUAUUCUACAUAAUUUAAAACGUAAUUUUGAAAUUGAAAAAAGAAAAAAUUAGACUUAAAUCCGUUGGAUUUGAAUUGUGUAUAUAUUGAAAAUGUUAAAAUUCAUAAUUUUAUUUGUUUAAAUGUAAGUAUGUAGUAAACUUUAAAUUUUUAUUGUUAUAAAUGUGAUCUUCAUUUUAAGACUUUUAUUUAUUUUUUUUUGUUAAAAUGAAAUCAUAACUUUCUUGUAUGUUUGAUUUAAGAUGGUAAAUUCUUUUUUAAUUAAAAAAAGUUAUAUUUAAUA